GCCGGUCAAGUAACUUCAAGCUAUGCCACAGCGCCCUCUACUUCUUGCCUCCUAAAAAGAAACUCUAUCUUACACCUCCUCUAUAACGCAUCUCGACGCUCCAAUCACGUCUUCAUCUUCCACUAGCAUGGCUACGACACUCCCAAGGCCUUCCCGGCCGUCUGCCAGCCCGCCAAACGCCCCUCUGCCUUCACUGCCCGUGGCGAAACUGCGCGACAGCACAUCUACUCUCCCAGAUGCCUCAACAGCUUCCCCUCGGGCUUCUGUAUCGUCUUUGAGAUCACAGAAUGCGACGCGUGCCGUCUCAUCGUCCGCAUUGCCAACCAAGCGUCCGCAGAAAGAUUCCACAACCCCACUCCCUACUUUAACCGCGCCCAAUACUCCCUCAGGAAUCGCUCCUCCUGGAAAGCUACGCAAGACCAUAAGUAUUGGUUCUUUUCCACAGCCCCCGCGCGGUAUAGCCUCCGCAUCCAAGCCUUCUAGUCCCCUUUCUUGCACUUCGACGCCUUCUUCGAAAAUGCCCCCUCCAAGCGUAGGAGGAAUUCCCAACCGUGGUAGUAGUCUCAGAAGAAGCAGCUCCAAAAUGUCAACUGGCUCGGUGCGGUCAGCCUCUAUGAGAUCUCCAAUGUCUCCUCCGAGCCUGUUCAACGCCAAUGGGGACAUGACGAUGGCUGGGAGCGGACUUCUCAGCAUACCCUCUCCUCCGCAUAGCCGCAAUUCCUCUGCUCAAGAUUCGUACGCUACAAGCGCAACCACAUUCGAUGACUUGGACCUUGAUGAUGUGCGUGGAAGAGAGGGAGCCAGCCAUUCAGAUAGUAAGCUUGGAAAAGACGGAAAAGGCAAUGUCACAGUCAGUGUCCGUGUGAGGCCAGAUGCUGGCAGCGAUGGAGCACGUCCGGAACUAGAAUGGAUGGUCGAUGGCCGACGAUCACUCAUCUCUUACAAGGGCAAAGAAGGGGGUGAAUACAUAUAUGAUAAUGUAUUCGCCACACAUGACAAUAACUCACGAGUGUAUGAUGCUGCAGCUAAGCGUCUGGUUCGCCGUGUUAUGGAGGGCUAUCAUGGAACUGUCUUUGCUUACGGGAUGACUGGUACAGGCAAAACGUUUUCUAUGCAAGGAACCGCAUCUUCGCCGGGUGUAAUCCCUCUGGCCAUUACCGAUAUCUUCUCAUACAUCCGCGAAACGCCCCAUCGAGAGUUUCUAUUGCGGGUGAGCUACCUGGAAAUAUACAAUGAAAAGAUUAACGAUCUCCUUACUCCCGCUCCAGUCGGGCCUAAUGGACAACCUGGCGGGGAUCAAGUCGAAAUUAAACUUCGGGAGGACAGCAAGAGAGGUGUUUACGCAACACCGUUGAAGGAAGAGAUUGUGCAGAGUCCUACACAGCUUUUGAGAGUCAUUGCCAGAGGUGACAGUGCUCGAAGGGUUGCUGGAACCCAGUUCAACGCUCGCAGCUCCCGCAGUCAUGCUGUUGUUCAGAUCGUCGUAGAAAGUCGUGAACGCGUGAACGGAAGCUCGCUUGCAGACAAGAGAAGCACCGCGAUAACUCCCGGCGGCGUCCGGGUAUCCACGCUCAGUCUGAUUGACCUGGCGGGUUCCGAAAGAGCAGCAGAGGAUAAGGCCAGAAGAACUGAGGGCGCACACAUUAACAAAAGUUUACUUACAUUGGGAACAGUCAUUGCAAAUCUGUCAGGUGAGACAGAGGACAAGCGACCGGGUGACAAGAAAGCAGUCGAUAAGUCUAAGCAUCUUCCCUAUAGAGACAGCAAGUUGACUCGGCUUCUUCAACCCGCACUAUCCGGCAACUCCCUUGUCAGCAUCCUUUGCACCAUUCAGAUCGGAUCUGCAGGCAGCGUAGCCGCGGCCCACAAUCAUACCGCAGAGACACUGAACACCCUCAAAUUCGCGUCUCGAGCGAAGAACAAUAUUGUGUCGCAUGCGAAGAAGGCAGAGGAAGCUGGUGGCGGCGUAGAUGCUCGAAGCCUUGCUCUCCUAGACCGAUAUCGUAUCGAAAUUACCGAGCUCAGAAAGCAACUCGAAGAGGCUCAAACCCAAACUAAGCAGAGGGACGAGGAGGAGGAGGAAAAGGUGAGAGAAGUCGAGGCGGAGAAUCGCCAUGAAGAGCAAAUGCUGGAAAUGCAAUUAGCAAGGACAGCGCUUAAGGAACGUAUUGAACAUCUAAAUCGGCUCAUCUUAAGCUCCAAGUCUAUUGGCGUCAACAAUACCACCCGAACUUUCUCCGCACUGAGUACGCGCAAUCGAGGUUCCGUCGCAACGAUCGAUUCUAGGCCUGUAUCAGCAAGGUCUUCAACAGCCAGUCACGCGCUUGAAGUGCCCAGCUUAGGUAGAACCGCAUCAGGAGGGUCGCGAGACUCGCUCGGAACAGUACAGGGCAAUGGUGCGAAUGGUGAUGCAGGAUCGGAAGAGGAAGACGCAAUUGGUGACAAUGGCGACGGCACUGCAUCAUCGGCUAUCCAGGUCCGAGCCCUGCAGGCCGACCUGGCUGACAAAAACCGUUACAUCAGCACUCUCGAAAAACGUCUACUACAGGCUCGACGAUCCAGUCAAUCUCGUGUGUCGAUGGGAUUGGCUCAACGGAUGGGGAAUGGAGAAGAAGGAAGCAUGGAGACCAUAGUCAAAGAGAGGGACGCCGAAAUUGCGGAAUUGAGGGCACGUCUAGAUGACAAGGACCGCAUGAUUACAGCACUUCGGUCUGCAGCUAGAAAGCGGGAUGUAGCAGACCUCAGAGUCGAAACGUCGACGCCGACCAGCAGAACAUCACCGGAAGCUCGCAGACGUGUCUCACAUCAGCGGAGCGAGGGUGGUAGCAAUGCAAGUAGCGGCUUCAGACACACGCCACCCACAAGUCCUGUUGGUCUUGGCCUGCUCACGGAGAAGCGCCAGAAGGUAAAAGGGGUGGAAGAGAUGACACGUAUUCUGGACGAAAUGAUUACGGAAACGGCAGCGGGGGGCAACACGAACCAUAUUCUACGUCGAGGUAGCACUCUAAAGGUCGUCAGUGAAGCUCAAUGAGCCAGCGAUCCCUUGCUGCCGAGGUAGACACAUGGAAUAAUAGGACCUUUUUUGGCACUAAUUAGUGCUGGCCACACAACACUACACGACCUUUACGUAGACCUACAUGGGAGUUGCGACUCAAGGGACCCGGUGCGACUUGGUCAAUUAAUCUAGGCCCUGGACAGCAAUCCUCAGAAUGCUGUG